AUGCUUUACCAGCGCUUCAUCAAUAUUCCUCACUUUGACAUGAGGGGGUCACAGUCACCCCACGGUUUCCAGAGCACCUCAGAACAUGGCCUCUCCUGGACAGUGGUCAGCCCUAUUGUGUUCACCUACAGAGUGAUCCAAUGCCACAACCUGCUGGAUGUUGGGAAUGACACACUGCUAUGUGGUCAUAUAGAGGACCAGGAUGAGCUCAAGGCCUUCAGAAGCAACACCAAGCCCAUCAAACGCUUCAUUAUCAUUGAUGAGACAAUCAAUCAGCUCUAUGGCCCCCAGGUCACCAGGUAUUUUGAGGCCAGAAAUGUUCUUUAUAGGAUCCUCCCACUGCCCACUACAGAGGAGAACAAGUCCAUGGAGCUUGUGACCAGGAUUCUGGAGGAGGUCCACAAGUUUGGCAUAGACAGGCGCUCUGAGCCCAUCAUUGCUAUUGGAGGCGGGGUGUGUCUGGAUGUGGUGGGCCUAGCUGCUUCUCUCUACCGGAGGCGAACCCCCUAUAUCCGUGUCCCGACCACCCUGCUUUCCUACAUUGAUGCCAGUGUGGGGGCCAAAACUGGAGUCAACUUUGCCAAUGGUAAGAACAAGCUGGGGAGUUACAUACCUCCGGUCGCAACAUUUUUAGACCGGACCUUCAUCCGAACUGUUCCUCGCAGGCAGGUUUCUAAUGGAAUGGCAGAAAUGUUAAAGAUGGCUCUGAUGAAACACAGGGGCCUGUUUGAGCUCCUGGAGACUAAAGGCAAGUACCUAUUGGACUCCAGUUUCCAAUCCCAUGACAAGAUCAGUGGCUGCUGUGACCUGGAAGAUGCUGCCUCUUCGUCCACACGGAUUGCCAUAGAAACCAUGCUAGAGGAGUUGGCUCCCAAUCUGUGGGAGGAUGACCUGGACAGACUGGUGGACUUUGGCCAUCUAGUCAGCCCUGAGCUAGAGAUGAAAGUGCUGCCUGCGCUGCUCCACGGGGAGGCGGUGAACAUUGACAUGUCCUUCAUGGUGUACGUGGCCCACCAGAAAGGGCUUCUGACAGGAGAGGAGAAGGCCCGGAUCAGCCACUGCAUGGUGGGUUUGGAGCUGCCUGUGUGGCACCAGGACUGCACUCUGGCCCUGGUGCAGAAGUCUCUGAGCGAACGACUGAAGCACUCUGCAGGGUCCCUGAGGAUGCCUCUUCCCACAGGACUGGGAUAUGCAGAAAUCUUCCAUGAAAUCAGUGAUGAAAUCCUGUGCCAGGCUUUCAAGAUCUGGUGUGAUGAACUUGGUUCUUCUUGAGAUAUCUGGAGAUAACAAUAUCCACACUGAAUACAGUGACGCCAUGACGAGCUGGUGAAGAUGAAAUACUGUGUUUCAUAUUCAAUAUGUUUCAGUCAAACACACAUUUACUUGAAGUCUAAAUAUGAAUAAUAUACAGUGCCUUCAGAAAGUGUUCACAUCCGUUGACUUUUUCCUAAUUUUGUUGUGUUACUGGCCGAAUUUAAAAUAGAUUCAAUUGAGAUUUCUUUGGUAACUGGCCUACGCACAAUACCCCAUAAUGUCAAAA